AUGUCAGCAGAGAAGGAUGUGGCAGCAUCCUGGUAUUGGUGUGCUUCUGCUAUUACAUCCUCAAAAGCUUUCCCUACAGUCUACAAUAUGUCAGCAGAGAAGGAUGUGGCAGCAUCCUGGUAUUGGUGGGUUUCCCCUGGCAUCCUAUGGAAGGGUAUUUUAUUUCUUGCAGCCAUAAACGCUCUAGCAGCCACUAACUUCAACUUCAGGCGGGCAGCUCACAUUCUCGGCUUGGAUUCCAAGAUUGAGAAAUGUCUUCUGAUCCCAUUUAGAGAGAUCAAAGUUGAGUGCACCAUCUUGAAGGACGAUGGAACCCUCUCCUGCUUUGUUGGAUUCAGAAUCCAACAUGACAACGCUCGCGGACCCAUGAAAGGAGGAAUACGUUACCACCCUGACGUUGACCCGGAUGAGGUGAAUGCUCUGGCUCAAUUAAUGACAUGGAAGACGGCUGUAGCCAAUAUUCCAUAUGGUGGAGCAAAAGGUGGGAUUGGGUGCAGGCCAUCAGAAAUGAGUACAAAUGAGUUGGAACGUUUGACUGGUGUUUUCACUCAGAAGAUCCACGAUCUCAUUGGAAUUCACAGUGAUGUUCCUGCCCCAGACAUGGGAACCAAUUCACAAACGAUGGCAUGGAUUCUGGGAAAGUUUCAUGGGCAUUCACCUGCAGUUGUUACAGGAAAGCCAAUUGAUCUUGGGGGAUCACUUGGUAGGGAGUCUGCAACUGGACUUGGAGUAGUUUUUGGAACAGAGGCCCUACUGGCUGAAUAUGGAAAGUUGAUCUCUGAUAUGAAGUUUGUUAUCCAGGAUUUUGGAAAUGUGGGUUCCUGGACUGCAAAGUUUAUUUAUGAGAGAGGGGGUAAGAUCGUCGCGGUUAGUGAUGUAACAGGUGCAGUUACAAACCCCGAUGGACUUGAAAUUCCAGGCCUGCUGAAACACGAAGAGGCCACCAAAAGUUUCAAGGGUUUUAUCGGUGGAGAUUCUAUGGACCCAAAUGACUUGCUUGUUCAUGAAUGUGAUGUUCUCAUUCCAUGCGCAUUAGGUUGAGUUCUCAACAAGGAUAAUGCUGCUCAUGUUAAAGCAAAAUUUAUAAUAGAAGCUGCAAAUCAUCCCACUGAUCCAGAGGCUGACGAGAUCUUGUCCAAGAAAGGAGUUAUUAUACUCCCUGAUGUUUAUGCAAAUUCUGGUGGUGUGACGAGUUAUUUUGAAUGGGUUCAGGUAAUGAAAACAAAUGAAAAUCUGCACCCCCACCCCUCAUUUAUUUUCGAUCUGUAUCAGCUUCUUUUACGUGUAUUGAAGCUUAAAUGUCUCUGUGCAUAGAACAUUCAAGGAUUCAUGUGGGACGAAGAGAAAGUGAACCACGAACUUCAGAAGUAUAUGAGGAGAUCCUUCCUGGACGUAAAGGCAAUGUGUCAAACUCUUAACUGCAGCCUCCGCAUGGGCUCUUUCACGUCGGGUGUGAACAGAGUGGCACGUGCUACCCUCUUGAGGGGUUGGCAAGCAUGAGAUGUCUCUUCCAUUUGAUCCUUUUUUGCCCCUUAAAAUGCAUCUGCAGUUGGAGAAGACGAAGACAGUUCAGUGCCUAGUUUUUAAGCUUCAUAUUUGUAUUUUGGCCAUCCAGCUUUGUACCCUUGAGUGGAAUUUGAUGGGGUUGCUGCUUAAGGACCAAAUGGUCGAUAAACUUUCAGAGUUGUAAGGAAAUUAAGAUCUGAACUUCAGUUGAUUAUCAGCAGAUUUUCUUU